AUGGCUACAUCCAUAGCAAGGACCUGGCGCUCUGUAACGCAGCGUAGGUCCUGUAUUCUCCCGAGUUUGCGCCUCACACUCCGGUCUACAUUUCACUGUUCUGCUACUGUAUACAACGGACUGCUGUUCACCUUAAACAAACGCGGUGUGCUGAAGGACUCCUUCCCCGAAAGCUCAGCCCAGGAUCAGCUCCCUCGGCUGCUCAAGUCCGGUGCUCAGACUGUUUACUGCGGCUUUGACCCCACGGCUGACAGCCUCCAUGUGGGCAACCUGCUCGCUAUCAUCGGCCUCCUGCACUUCCGUAGCGCUGGCCACCACGUCCUCGCUGUGCUCGGAGGGGCUACGGCACAAAUCGGAGACCCGAGCGGGAAAACGAGCGAGCGGGAGCGGCUGUCCCAGGACGCAGCGGAGGCAAACACCCGCAGCAUCCGAGAGAGCAUCCAGACUAUAUUCGCCAACCACGAAAUGUACUUCCACGAUGGCUCCAGGAAGCUGGGCACAGUGACAGUACUUAACAACCUGAGCUGGUACAAGGACUGGGGUGUGGUGCAGUUUCUGUCAGAGGCCGGUAGACACUUCAGGAUGGGCACCAUGCUCAGCCGCCACAGUGUGCAGUCUAGGCUGAAGAGUGAAGACGGUAUGAGCCUGACAGAGUUUACCUACCAGGUGUUCCAGGCUUAUGAUUUUCACCAUCUGAACCAAAUAUAUGGCUGCAAGAUUCAGCUCGGAGGCAACGACCAGCUGGGCAAUAUGAUGUCUGGCCACGAGUUCAUUCACAAAGUCAGUGGUGAGGAGGUGUAUGGACUGACCAUCCCACUGGUGACCAGCUCUGUUGGGGACAAGCUGGGGAAAACGGCAGGGAACGCAGUGUGGCUAAACAGAGACAAAACAUCUCCCUUUGAGCUCUAUCAGUUCUUUCUCAGGCAACCUGAUGCCAAUGUUGGACAGUACCUCAGGCUGUUCACCUUCAUGCCUCUGGCGGAGGUGGAGCGACUGAUGGAGCAGCAGACAGAGGAUCCAGGCAAACGCCUUGCACAUAAACGCCUGGCUGCAGAGGUUACAAAACUAGUGCAUGGAAAGGAGGGCCUCGAGAGCGCUAAGAGAUGUACCAAUGCGCUGUACAACAGCAGCGUGCAGGCCUUGGAGGAAAUGAGUGACGAGGAGUUGCAGGAACUCUUCAGGGAGGCUCCCUUCCAUGAGAUGCUGUUGGAGCCAGGAACAACUGUGAUAGACGCCUGUCGCAAGGUCAAUGCCAUCCCUGAAGGACCCAGAGGGUAUCGGAUGGUUUCAGAGGGAGCAGUAUGGAUCAACCACAACCGAACAGAGAAACCAGAGCAGGUUCUCAUCCCCAAACUCCACAUCCUGUCUAAUGGACUUAGCCUGCUCAGAGUGGGCAAGAAGAACUUCUACAUAAUCAAGUGGCUCAGUCUUUGAAGCUGCCUCCAGUUUACUGUGAUGGACUCGGUGGGAAGGUAGGGCAACUACACCUUGGCAGGGUCAGUGAGGACACGUGGACGGACUGGUAUUUAUGAAAUGUACAGGGUUUUUGGCACAGCCUGAACUCCAAGUGAUUGCCUCUGGUUGUCAUAUAAAUUAUGUACAUGUACAGAUUUGAUGUUUAUAUAAAGCUAUGGUAUUAAAAGAAUUUCAUAUAAAGAUUGUUGCCUGCUGACAUUCAACUUGCCGUUUAGCUCUUGCCAAAUGUACACUAGGGGGCAGCAUUGUCCCAGCUAUAAUGGUGGUGCUGCAGGCCGCCACAGCUGCACCACAUAGCCUGCUGUGACCCCAUAGGUAAAUAAUUGCUCUCAGUAAAAUUAAAUUGCAUCAUUUCUCGCAAACAGCUUCAGGUUCUAUUUUAGGCAAAUCAUGUUUCCUUCAAUUUGGUGUGGAGACGAGGCCAGCAGCUGUCGUCAUGUGGCUGUUUUUUCAGUCUUAGUGGUGGAUGGUGUAAAGUGUAUCAGAAAGAAAAGAAAGAAAUAUUUGGUACAUUUCAAAGCAAACAAAUUAGCUUGUAGGUUGUCUUUAGGUUACAUAAAUUUAAUUCUUCCAUUGGUAGAAUAUUGUUUUCAAAAUUGCUAAUAGAAUUUUCCUACAAGUAUAACAUUUUCAUUGUGGUGUAAAUGACUAUUUCUAAAUUUGAGUUCCCAGGGUCUUUGUC